CUCCCAUAUUCUAUGGGAAGUAUAUAAGCGGACGCGCUCCCCUACAUGUACUCUCCUCCCCGGAUAUUCCAGAAUGAAGUGGCUUGUCCUAGGCGUCAUUCUCGGCCUGCUCUGUCUAGUCCAAGCGAGGGACGACGCAGACGGGAGGCUCGUUGGUGCCAUAUCUACAAAGACUGCAAUCCAAUUUACCACCUCCACCACCACCACACCCUUCACCUGCGUCUUCACUAUCAAUGAUGCAGUUUGUCAAAGGCGACGCUUUAAGCGUUUCAGUGACAUCAUUAACAUGAAGCAGAUAGAGGAAGAGCCUCAGGUAGACGGGUCAUUCCUUGAGGCGAGUGACGGGUAUGCCGCGCCUGGCCCGGAGCGAGACGGACGUAUCGCCCUGACCGUAUGGACCACUACCACCUCCACCUACACCUUCACCUCCACCUCCAUUAAUACUUCCGUCACAUUUUCACUUUCUUACUUUUGCACUGUUGCGGGCGGUCCCCUUCCUCCUAACUGUGGCUAAAAUUAUCAUCACCACUGUGGACGAACAUUCAGCCCAUAAUAAGCUCUUUGGGUCAUUAUUUUCUCCUCUGAUUUAUUAAAAGUAUCUCCCUCACCUCCCAUAAAGUUAUCACUAUUGUUGUAGCUUUACAUACCAUGGCUAUUUCUGAUAGCAUACAUUUUUCCUAUUUUGUAUUAGGUCCCAAUGCACAGCUUUCUUCGUGUACAAAAUUUCGUUAAGUUAUCACGUUGCCCUACAAUGUUCCGGGCCCUGAGGAGGAAAGGCCCAUCCUGGCGAAUUGGAGGCAUAUUUUUAUUGAAGUCUUUGUAACACAGGGGUCAAAUAUGUAUGUACAACAAUAAAUAUUUAAGAUUUUCC